AUGGCUCGGGCUAACCAGCGCCCUUCCGAGACUCCUGCCCGUUCGUCGAACUUCUCUGUCGUUCCAUCUUCCGUCGCGCCGUCCUCGCCAAAUCCCUCUUCCGAUAAAGAAAACCAGUCGAAUUCAGCUCCCCGCGAUAAAGGAAAGGUCGCAUGCAGUCGACUACAUCCGACUCCCACUCUGCUAAGAGGAGGAGAACUCAAGCUCGUCCUACCGCUUCCGCUGCCCAUGACGAAGAACCCGAAGAAUCGCGCUUCUACGAUCCUACACAAGACCAACAAGAACGCCAGGAGAUAA